AUGUCUCUUAUUACAAUAUAUAUCUACGUGAGUCGUGACACAAGUACGCGUAUUCAGAUUUUCGUGAAUUCAGAGGCGGUUUUCUUAAAUCAAAAAAAUGUUAGCUAAACCGGAAUUAACAACUGAACCAGCAUGGACUAAAUUACAGCAGUAUUUUGAUAAUACGGGAUCAAAAAUUAAAAUAUUCGAUCUCUUUCAACAAAAUCCUCAACGCUUUAAUGACUUUAGUCUAGAAAUUCCUACUCCUGAGGAUGGCCCAAUUUUACUUGACUAUUCUAAGAACCGUCUUACAAAAGAAGCAUUUCAGUUAUUAUUGGACUUGGCACGAGCACGUGGAAUAGAAGCUGCAAGAGAUGCUAUGUUUAAAGGAGAUAAGAUUAAUUUCACUGAAAAUAGAGCAGUUUUACAUAUUGCUUUACGUAACAGAGCUAAUAAGCCAAUACUUGUUGAUAAUAAAGAUGUAAUGCCAGAUGUAAAUGCUGUGUUACAGCAUAUGAAGCAAUUUACUAAUGAGGUUCUUUCAAAGCAGUGGAAAGGUUUUACUGGUAAACCAAUUGAAGAUGUUGUUAACAUAGGUAUAGGUGGUUCAGAUUUGGGUCCACUGAUGGUAACUGAAGCAUUGAAAGCAUAUCAUAUUGGACCACGGGUUCAUUUUGUUAGUAACAUAGAUGGAACACAUAUAGCUGAGACUCUCAAAAAAUUGAAUCCUGAAACAACUCUUUUCAUAGUAGCAUCAAAGACAUUUACAACUCAGGAAACAAUUACAAAUGCUACUUCUGCCAAAUUAUGGCUUUUAGAUGCUUUAAAAAAUGAUGCAGCUGUGGCUUCUCAUUUUGUUGCAUUAUCUACCAAUACACAAAAAGUUAAGGAAUUUGGUAUUGAUGAAAAGAACAUGUUUGGAUUUUGGGAUUGGGUGGGAGGACGUUAUUCGUUAUGGUCGGCCAUUGGUUUAUCAAUUUGCUUAUCUAUUGGAUUUGAAAAUUUCGAAAAAUUAUUAAAUGGGGCACAUUUUAUGGAUCAGCAUUUUUGUAGUGCUCCAUUGGAAAAAAAUGCACCAGUCAUAUUAGCUUUACUUGGUAUAUGGUAUCAUAAUUUCUAUAAAGCUGAAACACAUGCAUUAUUGCCGUAUGAUCAAUACUUACAUAGAUUUGCUGCAUAUUUCCAACAAGGAGAUAUGGAGAGUAAUGGAAAAUAUGUUACACGAGCAGGGAAGGUUGUUAAUUAUAGUACAGGUCCAAUUGUCUGGGGAGAACCAGGUACUAAUGGACAACAUGCAUUUUAUCAAUUAUUACACCAAGGUACAAGACUUGUACCUGCUGACUUCAUAAUUCCAAUACAAUCGCACAACAAGGUUCAAGGAUCUCUUCAUCAUAAAAUAUUACUUGCAAACUGUUUCGCACAAACUGAAGCUUUAAUGAAAGGUAAAAGUGAGAAUGAAGCGCGAGCCGAAUUGGAGAAAGCAGGAAUGAGUCCUGAACAAGUGAACCUCUUAUUGCCCCAUAAGAUGUUUGAAGGAAAUAGACCAUCUAAUACAAUUCUUGUUGAAAAAGUAACACCGUUUGCUCUUGGAGCUUUAAUAGCUAUGUACGAACAUAAAAUCUUUGUACAAGGAAUCAUAUGGGAUAUUAAUUCAUUUGAUCAAUGGGGCGUUGAAUUAGGCAAACAAUUAGCAAAAGCGAUUGAACCUGAAUUAGCAAGUCCUGGAGAAGUUACAACUCAUGAUUCAUCAACAAAUGGGUUGAUCUCAUUUGCCAAAUGUCGUUGUGGUGCUUAAUGGUUAUUGAAAUUAAGAGCAUAAAAAAAUAUUCAUAUUUAUGAAGGUAACUUUUUAAUAUUGCUGUUGGUGAUUAUUCAAUACAAUUUUUAUUCAUAUCAAUGAAUAAGAUUGUAGUACAAAUAUUACAUUAGUUCAAAUGCAUUGUAAAUUGUUAAAUGAUACAUAAUAUAUAAUUAUUACCUGCCAACAAUAGCCUACUGUUUUGUGUUUUUGUUUAUUAGAUUGUUACUUUUAUAAACGUUUAAUAAAUAUUAUAAUUAUACUAUA